AGGCCAGCCCUGGUGCACAGCGCCACUCACACUCGCACGCAUUGUUCUGUGUCCAGCUGUGCCUUGUGCCUCUGUGGGCUGAGAUGACGACAAACCAGUGUGUGGGUGGAGAGAGAAAUGGAAAAAAAAAGAGGGGGUCUCUGACUUCCAGAACAGUAGACUCUUCAUCACUUCACUUUAUCUCCUCGCGAGGUCAAUGUAUGGCGCCUGAGACCCUGGACCUUGCCCGGAAAACUACAAUUCCCAAGAUGCAGUGGUGCAGGUGGGCAGGCAACUGGAAAUCACACCUGCCAGGAAAGUCCUCUGGGCCGGAGCAGGACGACUCCUUCGACUUCCUCUUUAAGAUCAUCCUGGUGGGAGACUCGGACGUGGGGAAGACCUGCGUGGUCCAGAGCUUUAAGUCUGGUGUCUUCAUUGAGAAACAACAAAACACUAUCGGGGUGGACUUCACCGUACGCACCAUGGACAUUGAUGGCAGGAAGGUCAAGCUGCAGGUGUGGGACACGGCUGGACAGGAGCGUUUCCGCACAAUCACCCAGAGCUAUUACCGCAGUGCCCACGGCGCUAUAGUGGCCUAUGACAUCACACGGCGUCCAACGUUUGAAUCUGUGACACACUGGAUCCAGGAAGUGGAGCAGUACGGGGCUGCUAGCGUUGUUCUCAUCCUCAUUGGGAACAAGUCGGAUCUGCAGUCGGAGAGACAAGUGCUGUUUGAGGAUGCCUGUACCCUGGCUGAAGGGAAGGGUGCGCUGGCCGCCUUGGAAACCUCAGCCAAGGAGGCCCAGAAUGUGGAGGCAGCCUUCGUGCUAAUGGCCCGGGAGCUGAUGGUUAGGAACGGCCUGACCAUCACAGACGAACACUCACAGGCCUCCCCACACUUCCCAAACUCCCAUCCUAUCCAUGGCUCCGAUUCCACGGACAGGAAAUCAUGUUGUUGAGAGAAUUGAUGGGCAAGGUGGACAAGAGGUUGUUGUGCUGAUGGUCCUGAUAACUGUAUAAUUAACCUAGAGAUAAACUAUAAUUGUCUGGAAUCAACAUUGCCACAACGCCUGCUACUUUUAGACUGCCACAUUUAAAGGAGGUGCUGUCAAGAAGUGUGUUGGGAUAGAGGCUAGGGGUUGGGGAUGUGUGUCUACUAUAUUGUGCGUUGGUGGGGAUGGAAUAGAUACAAGUACUGUAGUGAUGAUUGAGACUAUCACUGCCAUUGAAAAGUCCCACUCCAGCUGUAUUUUUUAACGUUUCCCAUUGAAAAGCAAUAUUUCAAGUAUAAAUACAGUACACACAUUUAGGGGUAAAAAUAAAUAAAUGUUUUGAGCAAAAUAGUUAAAAAAAAAAUUUUUUUUAACACAAUUGCGAAAUUCAAGAGUUUGCCAAAACAAGGAGUUGGUCUGAUGGUGCACUCUGAUGUCAUCGGAUUUUCCCUUUGCUUGCAGGAACAACAGAGGAGCAAUGGACCACCUAUUUUGUUAAGUGAAUCAGGUGAUAAAUUAAGUUCUAGGGAGGCUGGAGUGGGUCUUUAACUGUAGUUUUAAACUUGGCUGCCAGUAGUCACAUGCACCUGUCCUUAUCGUACUUAAGCCAUUACUAUUGUCUAAAACGUAACCAGUAUUUAAUAACCAAACGUGGUAAAAGUAUCCUCUGGCCACCUGUGGUCUAUUGUAUGUGUCAGAAUGACUGGUUUCAAUGAACACUCCUAUUGUUUGAUCUUUUACCUUUAAAAAAAAAAAAUUGUCCUCCAGUUUGUCAAAUUG